UCACGUGACUUAUCCUGCAUGCCAUGAUCAACGGUUUUAAGCAUCAAAAUGACCGGCACGGAGCGUCUGCAUCUGCAGCUGCAACAAGUCUGGGUUCUACUGCAGACAAUGCGAGCAUCAACUCGAUUGAGCCCGACUUCGAGGACGACGAGCCUUUGGUAAAGCAGCCUCUAAAAACAGGAAGGACGUGCACUUUUCGCUGCUCAAUGAUCUCUCUUCUCGUCGUCAUUUUUCUUGGAAUUGGUGUGUCUGUCGUAUUUUAUACUGUUCUCGACUUGGCACAGGAAGAAGGGCCUUGCGACCACUCUUGCCGAAUGAUUUUGGUUGAAAGCGUGGCUGAAGGUUUGCCAUCCGAGCCACCACACUUAAUGUCUACAUAUGAAGGCUGGAUGAUGUUGCUCAACCUUAGUCAAUCUUCCAUAGAUAUUGCAUCAUUUUAUUGGACAUUGACAAACACUGAUAAAGUACAUGACCCGAGUGAUGCACAGGGACACAAGAUCUAUAACAAACUAAAGUCAUUGGGAAAGUCUCCUGUCAACAUUCGUGUCGUUGAGAAUGAGCCAAAUGAAAAAUUCCAUGACAAGGAUAGUCAUGACUUAGAUGAAGAUGGUGCUGCAGACGUAUUAUCAAUCGACUUCAAAAAAAUGACCAAAAAUGGCGGCGGAGUUCUCCACACAAAAUUUUGGAUCAUCGACAAUAAGCACUUUUACAUCGGUAGUGCUAACAUGGAUUGGCGCUCUCUAACUCAAAUAAAUGAGCUGGGCGUUAUAGCUCUUAACUGCAGCUGUUUGACAAGAGAAUUGAGCAAAGUAUUCUCAAUAUAUUGGGAAGUAGCACAGGAUCAUUCCAAAUUGCCUCAGAAAUGGCCAGAUCGUGUUACGACAAAAAUCAAUGUGAAGAAUCUGCUGAGGUUAAUGAUUAACGGGACACCAGCAUCGACAACGUUUGGGAUAUCACCACCGGUAUUUCAAGCAAAGAACUGGUCGUCAGACUUGGAGUUAAUAUGGAAUGCCAUCAAGCUAGCUCGGAAACGAAUUAGUAUAGCAGUUAUGGACUACAGUCCCACAACAUUGUACAACGGAGAUCACAACAGGUAUUGGGCUGACAUCGAUAAUUCUCUUCGACAUGCUGUCUUCGACAGAGGCAUUGAAGUCCGUCUCAUGAUCGGCUGGUGGAACCACAGUUUGCCAGAAAUGAAGAAAUUUCUCCACUCUUUAGCGGCAAUCAAUGGGACUGGCAACAGAGAUCGUUUAGGAAGUGUUGAAGUGGUCAGCAGUCAAAUUUGUUUUUUGAAAUUGUUGUUUGUAUUUGUUUUGACAUGUCAGCGCUUGUACAUCGUUCCGUCAAACAGUAGGCAGAGGAGCAUUCCGUUUGCACGAGUCAACCACAAGAAGUAUAUGGUGACUGACAAUGCUGCAUUUAUUGGAACAUCUAAUUGGUCUGGUGAUUAUUUCACUAAUACUGCUGGUGUGGGACUCCUUGUUAAUCAAACUGGCAACGACAGCAGCCACUAUGAUCCUGACAUUGUGCAGUCUCAGCUUCAGGCAGUCUUUGAUAGAGACUGGAAUUCACCCUUUGCUCAUCCACUUGAUACAUGAAUAAUGAUCUUAUUCUUUGUAGACCUAAUGUACAAACAGUCUGUGUAUGCACUUUUGAAUGUACACAAAUCUUGAUCAUGUAUUUAUUUACUAUAUAGAAAAUCUUUCAAUGUUGUAGAUACUCCUA